AAAGGUGUUCGGCAAGAUUUUGCUGAGCCAGGUGUAUCAUAUGCGAACUUCAAGCACGAACAAUUUUCCUACCUGAACAUCUCAAGAAUCGGUUCAAAACUUGUCCAAAAGGACACCGAGUGUGGAUUGGCUUGUUUACAAGUCACUUCAUGUUCUUCUUUUAACCUGGCUACAUUUCCUGAUAUCAACGGAAAACUGUUGUGUGAACUUCUACCUUCUGACAAGCACAGGAUGCCCAAUGAAUUGAUCCACAACCCGAUGUUUCAUCAUUUUAGUAAAACGGUGAGUGUAGUUUGAAUCGAAAAACACUCUAGUAACAUUAGCAUUAUCAUAAAUAAAGAUAAACCUUUUCAAGUGUUAUAGCAAAUUCAGGGAUUAGAGCAAGAAAAUUAUUUUGAAAAUACAUUAUUUCGUGUGAUCGGCAGUCACACUAUCGAUUUUAUACAUAAUAAUUUUCUGGCUGGGCUUCAUAAAAGAUGGGUAUGUGAAACAGUUCUGAUCAUUGUAGAUUAAGGAGUAUACGACGUGUACAUGGCCGAUAUAUUUGUGAAUUUCGUAGACUCUAAUAAUCAAACUUUCAUUUAGGGACCAAACAACAGCUGCGAUCAAGGAGACUAUCCACAACUGCUUGUGCCUGGUCUCCUUGAUCACAGUUGUUGUGUGGUCCUCGUCAAGCAACGCGUCCAGUAGUUGGAGAGGUGGGGGAGAGACUGCGUUGCAUGUGGAGACCCAACAACGGCUGCGAAGGAGACUUACUUAUGGCCCACGGCUGAUUUUGGAAUAAUGUUCGGAAAAAAGUCUGAAUUGACAGCUGUAAUAUUGGCUGGCAACUUCAAUGAGGCAAAUGAAGUUAUGAUAAGAAUAAUUCCUUAGUUAACUUAGCACGUAUGUUAAGUUUACUGCGCCACCUCUGAAUGUUCUUAUUCUUGUGGUAAUAGGCCCAAAAGUUCUUGAGAAUGAGUAAUGUUUUGAUGAUUGUCAAAACGCAUUUUUAUCUGGGAUGAUAAAGUUAACUUUCUCCUGUUUUUUGGAAACAGAGUCCAUGCAUCAACGAUCCUUGCUUAAACAAAGGAAAAUGUGUUGCCAAAUUCAAAGAUGGCGAUUAUUACUGCAGUUGGUGUCCUCGGUUUUACAACGGAAAAGACUGCAAAACAGGUAUUGUAAUUAGAGAUUCACGCCUUUUCUACCCCUUUUUCUCUUAUUCGUAACAAUUCCCUGCAUUACCAUCUCUUUCGUUCUCAGCUGAACACAAAUAAGGUAAUUUAGUGUUAAGAACUUUGAAGAUGUAAACUGACCAACGUAAAGAGUAAAAUAGCUGACGUUUCGAGUGUUAGCCCUUCGUCAGAGCAAUAGGGUACCUGCUGUACUCUCCCACCGACGCAGCACCACAGUUUCUUUAGAAACUUACCCCCUUUAUUCAUUUGAACACAAACCAGCCUCGUGUUAUUACCCUCUAAUGACCUACAAAGGGUUUCAAUUUGGUUUGAGAGUAAGUUGAUUUGGAUGCCUUCACAUACUUGGCGCCUUUUCACGGCAAACAGUGAUAGCAUACUAGGAAAUAGUUUAGACUCUGAGAUUAUAGCCUCCAUAGGCCUUUUUCCUAAAAGUGCAUCAAGGUAUUUUUCAAACGGGGACCCAUUUUCUCACCUCAUCGGUGUAAAAUGUACUGGCAUGAAAAUCAGAAAGUGAAAUUUCUCUUUCCUUACAUAAAGAUUAAUAAUUAAUUCUAUUCAAUUAAUAAUCAGGGCACUUUGUAAGAAAAAAAAAAUUGCUUGGAAAUUAUGGAGCGAAGUCUCUCACAGGAGAUGGCAUGUACUGGUUAGACCCGGAUGGAGCAAGCCAUUCCAAUGCAUUCCUGGCCUACUGCGACAUGACGUCACACAAUGGAGGAUGGACCAUGUGUUACACUACUGAUGAAUUUGUCAAACCGAGGACUGAGGUCACAUACAACGCCUCUAUUCCUUAUGGAACUGUCGGCUACAGGACUAACUGCAACAACAUCUCUGUAAGCUGAUUGAAUAAUCUCUUAUCUCUAUGAAUAUGGAUCGCUUAGUAUAUAUGCAUAUGGGUCUCGAAAUAUUAUUUCAUUUUUUUGUUUUAUUGCAUGACGCACAAAUAGGUGUGUCGAUGUACAUAAUGGUGUGUUAGUAUUUUUGUGUUAAAUCAAGAAAAAUUUUCAAACAAUUCUCUCCUUACGAUACAUUUCAUAUACUCGUAUCUAUUCGUUCACUGCACUGAAAAUGGCGCUGCACUGUACCUUUUUAACUAAAGAAAAUACCGAAGCACAUAAAACUUAGACUAAGGCUGUAAAAAGGUCGGAAUUUCGCACCAUACAAUACAAAGCAUUGUCUCUUUUUCCAGUUUACAGAGAUUAUGUUCUUGGAUCAUCAAACUUUGGCUAAAGUGUAUUUCAAGCGAAGAACCAACCAGUCUAUAACGGCCAGUUUGAAUUAUGGGAACGGUGCUUCUACUUAUGGAUUAUGGGACGGUGUGGGAGUGAGCAACGCAUACCUUUAUCAGCUACUGAUCUGUGAUACCUCAUUCUACGGUGGCUACUUCGUUUCUGGUUAUACAAAUUGUUAUAAGCAGUGUGUAAGCUGGUGUGGCGAUAAAGUCUCCCCAUACUUCCGUACUGCAUCUACCCGUUCGUACUUUGGUGUGGCCUUUAACGCCAAUGGCCACCGACCAGUCAAUAAAAGACUCAUCAGUGUCGGUCUGCGCUGAGAUAUUUACGGGGUUUUUUCAAGGUUUUUUCUUGACGAAUGUUUGCAAUUAUUGUGAAUAAUGAACGUAAAGAUUUGGAUUAACGUUUGAAUAAAAUAUCAAGAAAUUUAGGUAACAACUUUUUUUUCAUCAAGUAAUGAUAACGAUAAUAAUCAUAACAAUGAUAAUAAGAUACAUAUUUCAAGAGGAGACGUCCAUCACUCUAAGUGGUUUUCAGGGGCGUGUGCCAAGUACAUCUGAUGUAGGUGUGUUUCUGAUGUCCUUGCCACUGUUAUCUAAUUUCUAUCACAUAGUGAACCAAUCCUCCAGGGUAACGCUGGAUUCUACGUAUUUUGUCCAGAUAUGAAUAUGUUUAGUCUGCGAAAUAUUCAGAGAGUGAGGCCUGUAACAUAAUAUUUAUCCUCGAUAUCAAUUUAAGUAUGUUCAGAAAUGGCUUCUCCACAUUGGUUGGGCUUGUAAUGUCAGCCAAACUUUAAGUGAUCCCACGUUUAGGAUGCAUUAAUUUGCGACUAAAAGGUCUUGAAGUCCAUGAUAAACGGCGCAUCAGCGUUGGCUCACGAUAAAAGACAGCAUUAACUUUAAACUUGUAACUGCAUGAUAAUUUUAGCUUAAUGUAACUCAGGAUGUAUAUAUUACUAACACACGCCAAGAUUUGGCUAUCCUACACCUAUGCGCAGAUUGUAUAAAUGUGGUGGAAUCUGUGUCGCAAUACAGUAGAGGAAGAAGUAGAAGUAGGACUUCAAGUAAUUCACAUGGUGAUUUAGUAAAAUCUGUGUCACUAUAAAAUAAAGGAAGUAUUCGUAGUAGUAGUUGUAGAGGCAAUCUACUGGUAACAUCCCUCUGUCAUUUGUUAGAAAAGCUAGAUUUAUUCUGAAGUAAGUUACAGCGCGGGAAAUAACGAACAUGAACCAGAACAACAACAGAACUAAUAUAUGCAGUAGACCACGUGUCAUAGAUAAUUCACGAACAGCAUUAAUUAUCAUUUGUAAUCCUAACAUCAUUAACUAACCAAAGGUAACAAGAAAAGAAGCUGAUUCUUUGGUCGGCACGGAACCAGAGGCUGACAAUGUUAUGAUACAAAUUUAACCUUAUAUGUUCAACAUGUAAACUGCUGUGUUAUCAUGUCGAUAAGUUUCCUGUUUCUAUAUAAACGAGGCCGCUCUCAGCCACUCUUCCGUGCAAAACAAACUUAGACAUGAUUUCUCUCGUUACAAGGUUUCCAUCGCCAGGAUUCCUCUACGGGUGUGUCUUACAUCAACUUCAAACCUGAAGCGUUUUCUUACUUAAAUAUUACAAGAGUUGGUUCAGAACUUGUCCAAGAUGGUAGCGAGUGUGGAUUUGCCUGUUUGGAAAUCACUUCGUGUUUUUCGUACAACCUGGCAGCAUUUCCUGAUAACUGGGGAAAGCUGUUUUGUGAACUGCUUCCGUCCGAUAUGCACAGGGAACCCAAUGAACUCAUCAGCAAUCCCAUAUUCCAUCAUUUCAGUAAAACUGUAAGUGCAAUCUUGUUUCAGUUUAAGCUAUACGUCCCCUCCCCCAUAAGUAAAUCAAUUGGGGCUGCUGCUGAUAGGAAAGUGCGUGAUUGAAAGUGUCAUUUGACAGCUGUGAUUUUGAUUGAUAGCGCAGUACGUUAAAAAUUAUUUAAUGGAUAAAAAUUUUUCGGUUGGGUGGCGUUAUUGGCCCUUUGAACAACUGGGCCCUGUAGUCUUCUACUGGUGGCGAAAGUUUCACUUUGGUUCCAUUAAAAUGAAAAUAAAAAACCGAGUACUACACGUGAAAGAAAGACCUCUACAAGGGGAGAAUCCGAGCGCAGAAGGGGGAGGGGGGUUAGCUCAGUUUACUCUGCCUUUCUUUUUCUGUUUCGUAUUCUUUUAAGCUAUGCAGAAAACUGACCGCAAUUUAUUUCCAACUAAACAAUUUUUUAGCGCUUUUGCUAUUCAUUUUAUUUAACCUGCGAUUCUGUCAACCUCAAUAACAAGAAUUCAUAGUUCAUAAGUCAUACUGAUAAACCAACUUCUAUUAGCCACAUAGACUCAGUUAUUAUUCCUUUUAAUGUUCAGGUCCAUUUGUUGGACUUCAUUGCCUGGACAUUAAGGAACGAGGUUUUUCACGGGGUAAUGGCAUGUACUGGUUGGACCCGGAUGGAGGAAGCCAUUCAAUGCAUUUCAGGCCUACUGUGACAUGA